GUCUCCAACGAUUCCACGAAGAAGUCGGAAGCUGCACGAGCCGCCAGCUACGACUGCACAGAAACAGUCCGCGCGAAGUGGAGCAGCGAAAGAUGAUUUAACAAAUUCGACGGAGAUACCCCGAAAGAGACGAGCGACGGCACAGGCCAGACGAUGAUCGAUCAGUGGCAAUCGAUAAUGGACAACCUGAGCGACAUUUACUAUCUCGUGCGGCUGAUUAUCCGUCAAGUUUCCAUCUACUUACGGGAUCUGAUUCUCUACAAAUUCUUUUGGAUGGCUGCGAACGCCGACGAGUUCGAAGCUGCGGAAACGAAGCUUCGCGGACUGACGUUUAGGAACAUGAUAACAGACAUCGUGGCGUUCUCGGUCAUUUGCGUCGUUCUCUUCCUCCUCGUGCUACUGUCGUCCAAAUGCGAGAAGGAGGACGGUCAGCUUUACACGGCCACAGGCAUAGAAACAGUCAGCGUGAAUCUCCCGGAGGAUCCUUUCCGCGUUUCGGACACGAGUUCCACUACCCUAGACUGCUUCCACGCCUGCGGAGACUCGGCCUACCCUCGUCGUCCGAGGAUCCCGAAACGGAAUUACUCAGACGAGGACGUCGUCAGGGUUCGAUCGAACAGCGAAAAGAGGAAGACGCGGAUUCAGAAGAAGUCGAUAUUCGCGUUGACCGCUGCGAUUCUACCGCAGAACUCGCAGAGCACGCAAACUACCGACAAAUUGUUCGUUCGUACUAGCCAGAGAUGGCUGAUCAGGCGAACGAGGAGCGGCCACGUUUACGGAAAGUAUCCGAUAUAACGUGUUCAAAUUUAGAAA